AGGGGCCGGGGCUACGGAGGGGCGCCUCCUCCGCGCUCUGUUUUGGUUCCAGGGUUCGCGUCUCCAUCUCUCACUCACCUCCUCCUCCUCAUCGUCGACUUCUUUUGUUUUGGCUCCGAGUAGGGGAAGAGGAAAGGGGGAGCGAGGGGAGGCAGCGGCCGAGGCGGCUGCUGCUGCUUCGUGCUCCGCCGACGGGGGAGGCCGUCUAGACGCUCUCCACAGGAGAACACCAUGGGAAAUCAGCUGGCAGGGAUUGCACCGUCUCAGAUCCUCUCAGUCGACAGCUACUUCACCGACAUCACCGAGUAUGAGUACGACAAGAACCUGGGCAGCACGAGGUUCUUUAAGGUGGCGCGCGCACGGCACAGGGAGGGCCUGGCGGUCGUGAAGGUCUUCGCCAUCCACGACCCGUCGCUGCCACUACGCUCGUUCCAGAAGAGGGUGGAGGAUCAGCGACAGCGACUUGCCGUCGCCCCCAACUGCCUGCCCUUCCAGCGCACGGCGCUCACGGAGCGCGCCGGCCUGCUGUUCCGCCAGUAUGUGCGCGACAACCUGUACGACCGCAUCAGCACAAGGCCCUUCCUCAACGGUGUCGAGAAGAGGUGGCUGGCGUUCCAACUGCUGUCGGCGCUGCAGCAGUCGUGCGGGGCCGGCGUGGCGCACGGCGACAUCAAGACAGAGAACGUGAUGGUGACGAGCUGGGGCUGGCUGCUGCUCACCGACCCAGCCGCUUUCAAGCCCGUCUACCUGCCCGAGGACAACCCCGCCGACUUCAACUACUUCUUCGACACGUCGCGCCGGCGCACCUGCUACCUGGCGCCCGAGCGCUUCGUGGACGGUGGCGCAUCAGGCGCGGCGCCGGAGCUGGUCAGCGGCGAGAACGCCAACACGCCGCUGGUGGACCUCGCCGGCAACAACCAGCGCCAGCUCGGCGAGCUCACGCACGCCAUGGACGUGUUCUCUGCGGGCUGUGUGAUUGCGGAGCUCUUCAUGGAGGGGAUUCCUCCAUUCGACCUCUCCCAGCUGCUGGCGUACCGGAAAGGCGACUUCAACCCCCAGACGGUGCUGCGCAAGAUCGAGGACGACGACAUUCGGCAGCUGGUGCUGCACAUGCUGGACAGAGAUCCAACGAAGCGCCGCUCAGCCAAGGAGUACCUGAGCCUGCAGCGUGGCUGUGCCUUCCCCGACUACUUCUACUCCUACUUGUGGAAGUACCUGUCCCGCUUUGCCGGGCAGCCUGCCCUCACUGCCGACGAGAAGAUACUGAAGAUUCAGGAGGACCUCCCAGAGAUCCUGCUCGGCCUGGGCUGCGAGGAAAAGCGAGAUGAGGAGAAGGAGGGUGCCGAUUCGGGCCUUGUCAUCAUUGUCUCCCUUGUCACCUCGUGCCUGCAAAACCUCCGGCAUUGCCCGGCCAAGCUCGCGGCGCUGGAGCUGACGGGGCAGCUGGCGCGGCGGCUGAGCGCCGAGGUGAUCCUUGACCGGCUGGUGCCCUACGUGCUGCACCUGGCGGGUGACACGGUGCCGCGGGUGCGCGCCCAGGCGCUGCGCACGCUCAACACGUGCCUGGCGCUCGUCCACUCGCUCCCGCGCAACGACGCCAACGUCUUCCCCGAGUACAUCCUGCCGGGCAUCGCCCACCUGGCGCAGGACGACGCCACCGUGGUGCGGUUGGCGUACGCUGAGAACAUCGCCGUGCUCGCGGAGACGGCGCUGCGGUACCUGGAGAUGGUGCAGUUGGGCCAGGCCGUGCAGAAGGAGGACAUCGCCGCUGACGAGCCGGAAGACUUGCUGCACGUGCGUGGGAGCUACGACACAGAGCUGCAGGGCCUGCAGGAGAUGGUGCAGCAGAAGGUGGUGACGCUGCUGAGCGACCCGGAGAACAUCGUGAAGCAGACGCUGCUGGAGAGCGGCAUCACGCGCCUCUGCGUGUUCUUCGGGCGCCAGAAGGCCAACGACGUGCUGCUCUCGCACAUGAUCACCUUCCUCAACGACAAGAAUGACUGGCACCUCCGCGGCGCCUUCUUCGACAGCAUCGUGGGGGUUGCGGCGUACGUGGGCUGGCAGAGCUCAUCCAUUCUCAAGCCGCUGCUGCAGCAGGGUCUGAGUGACACGGAGGAGUUUGUAGUGUGCAAGGCGCUGCACGCCCUCACCGCCAUGUGUCAGCUCGGCCUCCUACAAAAACCCCACCUCUACGACUUCCUCGGCGACACAGUUCCCUUCCUGUGCCACCCCAACCUGUGGAUCCGCCACGGCGCCGUCGGGUUCAUUUCCACCGUGGCCAAGCGGCUCAACGUGGCCGACGUCCACUGCAACCUCAUGCACCUACUUCGGGCCUACAUCAGCCAGCCGACCAUCCAGGUGGAGGAGACCAUCGUCCUGCUGAGCGUGCUGAAGGAGCCCCUGUCGCGCCCCAUCUUCGACUACGUGCUCAAGUCGCGCGACAUCCUCGGCCUCUUCGACCACCUGGAGGACCGGCAGCUCAUCCGCAACCUGCGACAGAGCAUGGAGAAGCCUGACGACCCUUCCCUCGCCCAGCUCCUGCGCAAGCUCUUCUCUCAGGGCAUGACCUCCGCAGACGAGGACAAGCUGAUCGCGCUGCGGGACUACAUGGUGAAGGUGCACAAGGCCCGCGCCACCAUGGUGGAGCUGGGCCCCGAGGACGACGCGCUGCCGCGGGGGACCAUCAGCCUCAACGCGCGCGGCAGCGGCGGCGUCAAGCCCAUUCCACGCCAUGCCGACCUGGGCCGCGCCGGCCCCCCGGACGCCGACGAGAGGAAGGGCGGUGCCAAGAGGGCUGUGCGUGCCGACACGUCCAUGAACGAGGAGUGGAGGAGCAUGUUCGGGGCCCUGGAGGCGCCAGGGAUCGCCAUCGGCAAAUCCUCGCAGGGGAGCGCCGGCGGGGCCCCGGAGGCAUCUCAGGGCGCUGGCGCCCGUUCCCAAUCCGCCCCGCCAGCGAUUCCCGUCCUCAUGUCACAGCUACAGGCAAGGGAGGUUGUGGCCUCCUCCCCUCCGAAGAGGGCAGCUAUGGCCCAGCAGCAUCAUCAGCAGCAUCAUCAGCAGCAGCAUCAUCAUCAGCAUCAUCAUCAGCCAACAGCGGCGGGGCCACAGGAGGGCGCGGCGGGAGGCUACCAGCCCCGGCACGCGCCGUGCCGCGCCGAGCUGGCCCAGCUGCUGAAGCAGCGGCGCGAGCAGCACAGCCAGGACCACGCGCUGCAGGGUCUCAUCGACCGCGUCGAGUGGGAGAGCAGGCCGCCCCCGCCCGGCUGGCGUCCCAAAGGCCUGCUGGUGGCGCACCUGCACGAGCACCGGGGCGCCGUCAACCGCAUUGGGGUGGCGCACGACCACGCGUACUUCGCCACCUGCUCCAACGACGGCACCGUGAAGGUGUGGGACAGCCAGAAGAUGGAGGGGAAGAGCUCCACCACCAGGUCCAAGUUUACGUACGCACGCCAGGGCGGGCACAUAAAGGCGCUGGCGUUCUGCCAGGCCUCGCAGUCGCUGGCCACCGCCUCAGACAACGGCUCCAUUCACGUGCUCAACAUCGAGACGAGCAGCAGCGCCAGCAAGAUAUCGCUCACGCACAGCCGAAACCUGGAGCUGUUGCAGGACGGCUGCGUUGUGGACAUGCACCACUUCCACGCCGGCGCGCAGUCGGUGCUGGCGUACGCCACGGUGAGCGGUGCUCUCGUGGGCUGGGACCUGCGGGCGCCGGCGGGGGCGGCCGCGUGGGGCCUGCGCCACGACCUACGCUACGGCCUCAUCACCUCCUUCGCCGUCGACAUCCGCCAGUGCUGGAUCGCCGUGGGUACGAGCAGCGGGACAAUGGUGUGCUGGGACAUGCGCUUCCAGCUUCCCAUCACGACGCACACGCACCCAACGCACGCUCGCAUCCGCCGCCUUUCCAUGCACUCCGACCACCACUCCUGGGUGCUCGCAGCCGUGCAGAGCAACAACGAGGUGUCCAUGUGGAACAUGGAGACGGGAGCCAGGCAGCACACGCUGUGGGCCAGCGGGGCGCCGCCACUCUCCGAAACCCAGGUCUCGAGCGACAGCGUCCACGGCCUCUACUACAGCCCGGCCGACGGGAACCCCUUCCUGCUCACGGCCGGCUCGGACAUGCGCAUCAGGUACUGGGACCUGGCGUACCCGAAGCAAUCAUACAUCAUCGCCGGGGCGGCCAGGGACAGCCUGCACCCGUUCUCCGUGUCCUACCAGUCCAAGAUCAUCGAGGGCACGGAGGUUGUGCAGGAGAUGCAGAGCAAGCCCAAACCAUCCACGCUGGAGGACCGGCCGCGCCGCGGGCCCGACAUGCCACCCGUGGGUCACCACGACAUCAUCACCGACAUCUGCACCUUCCAGACGAGCCAGGCCUUCAUCGCCAGCGCCUCGCGUGACGGCAUCGUCAAGGUGUGGAAGUGAGGGUGGAGGGGGCAAUGCCCCCCCCCACCCCCUGCGAGGGACACCUCACCCAGGCGCUGCUUCCAACGUGGCUCUCCGUUAGAAAUGGAGGAGCAAACAUUUUUAAUGCUCAUCAAAAUGUAUUAACCCAAGUCCGGGUCCUGCCAUAAAAAAUGGCAAGUGCAUUUACUUCAACGGUUGGCUACGUACGGUGCGAAAGAAGUUCAACAUACUUAUAAUGUUUGGCCCAAUUUCUUAAAUCCCCCAGCUCUGCCCACCCAGCAGUGUAAACGAAUACGGUAUGGCCUCGUUAUUCGCGACGAGGGGUACGUUCGGGGAGAUGGUCGUGAAUCGCAAAUUUCGCGGAUAAUAUUGGCCUGCGAAAAUCUUUUAAAUUAUUUACCUUAAAUGAAUACGUUAAUAAGCUAUUGAAUAUAUACAAAUAAAAAAAAAUUGGCUUUGAUAGACAAAUUUUAUCAAAAUAAAUAUUAAAGUAUUCAAUAAUAGUUUAUAAAUUAACUUACCAUAAAUUAUGAUGCUGCGCAUCAUCACUUUAUCUCAUCACUUUCUCGCAUCUCUCUCGUCACUUUAUCUCAUCACUCUCUCACCGUGCAGCAGUAGUGUAGAGUUCCAGAUACCAUUCGCGGACAUCCAAAGUCGCAGAUAGCAAGUUCGUGAACGAGGGAAUGUUGUACACCACAGUUAGAGGGGCUGUUUAGAGCUCCCUCUAAGUGUUUUCCCCAAUCCAUUGUUGUUUUGUACUUCUAUGCUCCCCGGAUGCACCAGCUCACACUGACCAGCAUGGUGAAGUACGGUCCAAUAAUCCCCACGACCCGCACAGAGUGGGGAGGCCCUCAUCCGACGGUGCAUCCGUAGAAGGGCUCUACGAAAAUUUUGCCCAGGAAGGCGGAUACAUUGUCUCAUUCCCAUCUACAGGCUGCUUGCGUUCUGAAAAUCAAAGCUCUGUCGAUGAAUGCAUGAGUGAAGAUGAUAGCUGUCACGGGCUGGCUGUCCCGCAAAUAUGAGUUGGUUGUUUUGUGCUCUUUUGUUUUUGUACUGUACAAAUGUUUAUUUUGGCGAUGGAUUGUUUUCAUACACGGUACACCGACUGUACAGUCUGUGAAACUGCGCUUAACACUUCAGUGCUGCACAUAAACGCGCGACGUUACACGUUUCUGUCCCGUCAGUGUUGCGUGUCGUCUCAAGCUGCGAGCCCUCGCGCCGUAGCUGGCGACCGUUGGUGGUCGCGUGCGUUGCUCGUUCAAUCUCCAAUGCGCUGUGUAAAUAAACGCGAAACUGCGAUGAUCAACAA